CCAACAGCUGCCUGGACUGAGCCAGUCAGCAUCCAGAUCCCCCACAUUCUGACAGAGAGGGCAGAGACAGCGAGGCGAGCGCCAAGGACAAACUGGGAGAAGAGCGCACGCACCUCUGUCUGCACUUUGUUUUGUUUCCUCUUCUCGCGCGUUCAUCGGGACAUUUUUCUACCUCUGGGAUUAUUUUUCAACCCGUUCCAGCACUUAAAUGGCAGACCAAACCAUGAUUUCCUCGCACCUGUUGCUGCUGGUGCUGAACAGCUUCCUGGGCUUCGCGUCGUUUUGGAUCGCAGCGGCGGACGGCGGCUUCUCGCGCGCCCCGACGCAUCCAUUCUCAGACGGCCUGGAUCAGGACGCCGUUUACCAGCAUCUUCACAGACUGUACGAAAAAUACAACAAGGAGAGCCGCCUGAAAGAGGGAAACACUGUCAGGAGUUUCAGAAGCAGCCAAGACUCUGCCGACCACAGGAUGAUGUACCGACUCAACCUGACCGCCCUGCAGGACUCGGAGGUCGUCCUCUCGGCCACAUUCCACUUCCUGCUCGACAAACAUCCACUUCAGAAAUCCUGGCUGUGCAGACGCUUCAAGAGCCCGUCCUGCCGCUCUGUGGCCGUCCACCCUUCACCAUCCGUCAGCCUGAUCCUUCGCUCCGUCUCUUCUGGGUCAGGGGUCAGACCCGGGUCGACAGGGUCAUUUCUAGGCAACGUGACCUUCCACCUCCACAGGAGAGGGGUGUGGCAGAUGAAAGAUGUGACCCAGGUCAUAAAGGAGGCACGGGACAGGGGUCACCUGCUGGUGUCAGUUGAAAUGGAUUUUGGGCAGCAAUACCAGCGCAAACCAGAGGAGACCUUGUCUGUUGGCAACACGCCAUAUCUCCUGCUCUAUGCUAAUGACCAAGCCUUGUCCGAGCCCAACAGCGUAGCUGCAAGCCUUCAGAGGUAUGACCCUCUCAGCGAAGGAGCGGAGCCCUCACAUUCCUCUCAGACUUCCCAGCUCCUCGACAAACCAAACUCCUCGCCAGAGUCGAAAGGACGCGUGAGAAGGGAAGCAAAUCUACUCCUUGACCCCAUCCGGAACAAUGAGCUGCCCGAGGUCGAGUACAAGCCCAGUGGAUACAGGAAAGACGAGCUGUGGGAGAGCACUUGGUACCUGGCACUUAAGCCCAAACCGAAAUCAGAAAAGAAAAGAAAAAGUCAGGAAGGAGAAGCUGUGGAACGAGGCGGAGGAGCACAUGAGUCUCAUGCUCCCGAAGUCGAAAGAAUAUCACAGGGGGUCAAAACCGAUGUGAAAAAACUCAAAGACGGUCGCGCAGUAACUCUCGGCGACAGGCGAAAACACGAGCGGAUACACGAGGCAAAGGAAGGAAAAAAGCACAAGGGGAGCGAUAACGUCCAGUCACCUGUUCUGAGUUUUGAUGAACAAACAAUGCGUAAGGCCAGGAGGCGGCAGUGGAGUGGCGCCCAGCACAGAGGCUGCUCCCGGAGGAGCCUCCGCGUGGAUUUCGCUGAUAUUGGCUGGAGCGAGUGGGUCAUCGAACCCAAGGCCUUUGAUGCCUAUUACUGCGCCGGCACAUGUGGAUUCCCCAUGCCCAAGGUGGUGCGGCCCUCCAACCACGCCACCAUCCAGAGCAUCGUCCGAGCCGUCGGCAUCAUCCCCGGCGUCCCGGAGCCCUGCUGCGUCCCGGAAAAUAUGAGCCCUCUGGCUGUGCUGUACCGGGAUGAGUCCAGGAACCCAGUGCUGAAGAUUUACCCCAACAUGUCCGUCCAGUCUUGCUCCUGCAGAUAGGAAGAAAAAAGAGAGAGAGAGAGAGAGAGAAAAUAAAGAAAAACUAAGCAGGGCUAAUGGAGAGACAACCAUACCUCUGUAAAGUGGUUUCCAGAUCCUGAGAGACAAAGUCACUUUGGCCGUCGUUAUUCCAGAAGGAACAUAGGCUGUAGAGAAAUCGCUUCCAUCUCUCCCGUCCCGCGGCUGCAGACCUGAAGAGAGGCAUUGUCUGGCGCCUGUGUUCGCA